AUUAACUCUGAUUUACUCUUUACAAGCAUUAAUGUUUACUGUUUCCAUCAAAGCACAUGCAAAUUCCAUAUCAAUGAUAAGCAAAGUUAAAGGAACAGUUCACACAAAAAUGAAAAAUCUGUCAUCAUUUACUCACCCUCAUGCCAUUCCAGAUGUGUAUGACUUUCUUUUUUCUGCAGAACACAACGAUUUUUUAGAAAACUUACUCAGCACUUUAGGUCCAUACAAUGCAAGUGAAAGGUGACCAGAACUUUGAAGCUCCAAAAAGCACAUAAACACAGCAUAAAAUUAAUUCAUAUGAUUCCAGUGGUUAAAUCCACAUCUUGGGUGAGAACAGACCAAAGUGUGACUCUUUUUUCACUGUAGGGGAGAGCGGAGUACAAACUAACGCUGGGCUAGUUGUAACACACAUGGUUUAAAUGUUUCCACACACACUGGAAAGACAAAACUUAAUUUGUUUACUUUUUGCCUUAUCAACACUGUGCAGAGAAAAAAAUACGGCAAAAUGUAAAAAACUUUGGAAUUUACAGUAGCAAAAGUAAAAAUUCACACGGAAGUUAAUUUUCAUCUCUAUUGUUAAUGUUUAUUUAAAACUACACUGCCUGGACAAAUAAUAAUAAUUGCCGUUUGGAUUUAAAUAAGCAGAUUGAAUCAUUAUUGCAGUGAUUAAUAUUUUUCAGCUGGCAACAAUUAAUUUAACCCUAUCUGAUGCAGUGUGUCUAAUUUCUUAAACAUCCUUGUCAGAAGAUGUAUCCCAUGGUCGUGGAAAAGAUGUUAUUGUGUUUCAGAAGGGGCAAAUUAUGAACUGACUGUUUGCAAAACAGUAACUGGAUUUGAAUAAAAAUGAUCGUUAUUAUCAACUGAAUGUCAGAUGCAAAUAUAAACGUUUUGGCCGUUGGCAUAGCUAGCUCAUGCAAUUUAAAUAAAAAAGAUGGUCAGGGAUAAAGUUGCCGUUGAUCCUGUAAUGAGAUGAAAGUUAGUGUAUAAGCUACUGCAACUCCACAUGUUGGGCAGGAGGCGGCGCCGAGGACGAUCAUUUCCACUGAAGAAGAUUAUUGUUACAGUUCCCCAGUAGACCGGGCCCGACUCGGCCAUGUGGCCUCUCUCAGCUCCGAAUAAGUGCUAACGAAUGAAGAAACGAGGCGUUGCUGAACGUUGUUAGCCACUGCGGAUGCUCCUCAGAUACGCGAGAGCGCUUCGUGUGGGAUAGUAAUGUGGUCGAGCUGAAUCUAUUGAUUAUUGUCAAGUUUCUGUCUGCUCUUCCAUAGGAUAAUGAGUAAUCGCUAUGCGGUCAUUGAGGAGGCGGGUAUCUCACAGACAUCCGGAAUCCGUCGCGGAAUCCAACAGCUGUAUCGCGAAUCAGUGCGCGGCGCUGAGAGUCAAAGCGGCCCGCUGUAGGACCUCGUACCUACCGCGCAUCGUUGUGUGAUGGCUGGGCGGACACAGUUAUUUCGCCACCCGCAGCACUGUUUGUGGAGGAUUACUGUAUGAGACAAUCGUACAUCAUUUACGUGUCUUGAUUGAGACUCAUUUUUCCCAUAAUAUGGCUGAUCAGAGCAACAUUCAGUCCGCCGCCUCCAAAAGCAUCCGGCCGUUUAAAUCCAGUGAGGAAUACCUGUACGCCAUGAAGGAGGAUCUGGCUGAAUGGCUGAACACGCUGUACGACCUGGACAUCACGGCGGACACUUUUAUGGAGUGUCUGGAGACCGGCUGCGCGCUUUGCCGGCAUGCCAAUAACGUUAACCGCGCCGCCCACGAAUUCAAGGCAAAGUAUCCAGAUGCGGCGCAGUCGCUACGGAUACCCAGCAAGGAUGUGGUCUUCCAGUCGAGGAACGUCAUACCUGGAUCUUUUUUGGCCAGGGACAACGUGUCAAACUUCAUCGGCUGGUGCAGACAGGAGCUCUGGAUCAAAGAUGUGCUCAUGUUCGAGACCAACGACCUGGUGGAGAGAUGUAACGAGAAGAACUUCGUGCUGUGCCUGCUGGAGGUGGCUCGCCGGGGGGCCAAAUUCGGCGUGCUCGCACCCAUGUUGAUUCAACUCGAAGAGGAGAUCGAGGAAGAGAUACGGGACCAGGAAAACCUGACGGAGGUUCAAGGGGAGUCGAGCCCGCCAAACAGGACGUUUGGCCGGAAGGAGAGCAUUGGCGAGCCCGACCCAGAGCUGUUGGCCCGCUGGCAACAGCAGCAGAAGAGAGUCCUUUUGGAUAUGCGCAACCUGGACGAACUGGUGAGGGAGAUUCUGGGCCAGUGCUCCUGUCCAUCACAAUUCCCCAUGACCAAAGUAUCAGAAGGGAAGUACAAAGUGGGCGACUCCAGCGCACUGAUCUUCAUCAGGGUGUUACGGACUCACGUGAUGGUGCGUGUGGGUGGAGGUUGGGACACACUUGAGCAUUACCUCGACAAACACGAUCCCUGUCGCUGUGCCGCGUUUGCUCACCGGUAUCAGCAGUCUAAAGCGAGUGGUCAGGGUCCUCACAGCAAGAGCUCCAGCACUCACUCCUCCCGCUCUACAAGCCCUGGACCUCACUGGCGAAAUGAGGGCAUAGCCCCCUACAAAACCCCAGACAGGCGCUCUUUAGAUCCUGCGUUGGGUUCCACUGCCCAUUCCUCACCCUCACGGCUUGGCAGGUCACACCAUGCAGCUGUGCCUGUGGAGAUGGAGAUUAACACUGGGCGACCCACAACACUCCUGCCACAACCCCCACGAGACAGAUCAGAGCCACGCCACUUUAAUCCCCUCAGGAAUAAGGAAUCUCUUUUUCCAAGAACUCGCAGGCUUUCAGGGGAUAGUGACUCCUCUACAGCUUCCUCUAAAGGUGGAGGAGGCAGCACAGGAGGAUGUCGCUUCUCUUUGGGUACACGGCAUGGUCACGGAGAGGAGGUGGUGCUGGUGGUGAACCGUAAGGAGGGGAAGCAUAUUAUCGAGCGUCCUGGAGCAGGGACACAGAUUUCAGCACCGAGAACACCUAAGACCCGUGCUCGCAGUGUUUCUAGAGAGCGCCUUGGGCCGCAGUCCACCUCUGUCCUGAAACCUAGCCCACCCCAAAGAUCAGCAGAGGUAAAAUGCAACUCUCACCCAGAGAGGGGCAGAUCCAUAGGGCCUGAAGGUCCCCGGAGGCUCCAGGCCCCACGCUCCCUCAGCCAGGGCAAGACACUUAGAGGCCGACUGGGUGAGGUAAGUCCUGGGUCAUCACCUCGCCACAGAGACCCUCAGCCUCUCUCCAUGGAUCGUAGAGAGGAACUGAGGCUCAAGCAUGUCCCCCCAGCAUCCUCAAGAAUAAGCGGAAACUUUCCAAGAAGACAGACGUCUGGCUCUGCCUCUAACUCGCCUGUAAAAGGCACCACCAUUGGAAGUCCUGGGAAGAAGGGGAUGGGAACGCCACGACCCCCUGCUCCAUGUUCACCUUCAUCUGUGAGUCAAAGGUUGCUUCCCCCUGUCACUCAGGCAGGGCGGCGCUCUCCACAUUCUUCUCCACGAUCAAGUCAUCACCAUCCACCAUAUUCCCCUCGAACUACACACAAACCACAGUCUCCAGGGAGAGACCAAAGAGGGUGGGUAAAUCCCCACCACCAGCAGCAGGAGAGCCAGGACGAUAACAGUAUUUUUAGUUUACACCUGCUGCCAAGUCUGGACCCCCAAAGGGAGCAAGACCUGUAUCGAAGCUUUGAGAACGAGUUCCUGGCCAACACACAACAAGCCAGGGCUGGAGAGGGUAAAGCAUCCACUGGAAGGGAAAUAGGGUCCCUACAGCUUCCUGUCUCCCAACAAGGUUUUGGGGUACUCCCAACAUCUACAGGUGACACUAAUGUUACAGACUCUGCUUACUCUUCCUCUAACUCUUCAACAUCUUCUCUCAAUGUUGGAGGCAAGGUGGGAGUGCUUCCUGAUUUGCGAGAGUCUAAACGGACUAACCCUCGUGCCUGUGCUCUCGAGGACCCUCCCACCCUUCUCCAUAGCCAGAUUCACGGAGGCCUCCCCAAUGUGGGGCUGCUGGAGGGAGAAAGAUGGGGUGGUAGAGGUGGAGGUCUCUGUAAGCUCCCAGCCAUCUCCAGCUCCACAGAGGAAGGUGAGCUCCCACAGGCCUCAAAACAAGGCCUACUCAGUUCUCAGAUGUCUCAGUCUGUGUUUCUCCAUAAAGUUCUCAAUGGAAGCCAUGGGAAUCUCGCUCUGGCAGAGGUGCCAAUGGAGAGCCAGCAUGGCCUGGUUGACUGGGCUGGGGUUGAGGGGGAUGUCCCACAAACUGAAGAUCACCCUGACCUACCAUAUGUUCCAAAUGCUGACCUGCCACUUCCCGAGUCAUUUCCCUCCCCGCCACCACCUCCAGAUGACUGUUCCUACCAGGACUCCUCCAGUGAGAGUUCCUCCAUGUGCUUUAGUCUGAGUGAACCUCCAUCUGAGGGCUCCUGCUCUUCUCCUCCACCACUGGCCAAUGGGGAUGCUGAUGGUGCAGUGAUCCUCCUGGCAAAAAGGGGUCAAAAGAAGGCAGAGGGAGUACCCUCCAUCUACAAGUGUAAGCUGCAGCCGCGGAUCAGACCUCGCACUGACAACAGACCUGACAACAGCCCAUCCCGCAUCCCUACUCCAGUAAGAUACAGAAAUCAUUGUCCGCAGUCUCCUGCCAACUCUUCCCCCCUGCAGACCCCACCACAGUCCCCCUGUUCCAACCGUCACCAACCCUCACAGAAAGCUCUGCACCAGGCCUUUUUAGACCUUAUCCAACCCCAGCAGCGAUCCCCGGCAAUGGGCUCUAGAGAGCGUGCCUUCUCUUCAGAGUCCAGCCUGGACACAGAAGCCUGGAUGUAAUAAAACAUAGUGGUAUGGAGGAUGAUGAUGAUGUCUGUGAACCUUCUCUCAGCAUUUACAGCUUUACAUUCAGAUCAGAGGGGAGAGUGGUUGGAAAAAAAAGCACACUUAUAAUGACUAAGAGACAAUGCACAUCUGAAUAUUAUGUCUAACAUGUAGCAGCAUGCUGUCAUUUCACUGGAGACAUAAAAUUGUCCCAAAGUGGUUAAGAACAUUACCAACUACAUUCUUGAGAUCUAUGACCAACAUAGCCUAUUCAUAGCACCAUCUUGGCUAUGUCUAAUUUCAUCAGGUCAUAAUUCUUUCCUUUGGGUUUUCUAUUUGAGAAAGAAAAUUACUGCAUUUCCCCUCAAAAGGGAGAACACAAGGAACUUACAGGUUUUACCAAAAAGGCAGUGCCCUUCCAUAGUUCAUGGCCUUAUGGUUCAUUUUUUAAUUAUCUCCAUGAGAACUUUUUUUUUAGUUCAGUUUUCUUUUAUUAAAACAAAGUGUGAAAUGUUACUUUCUAUGUUAAUCAGGGAAUUGUAAUAUACAGAGUACACUGUAUAAUUGGGGAUGGUGUUUUAAAUAGAGAAUAAGAGCUUUAGAAUCUCUAGAGCAAAUAAGAUGGAGUGGUGCUGUCUUGUUGGUGUAAUUUUAUGUGCAUCUUCUAGCAAGAUGGAUGCCUUUAUGAAGUUUUCACCAGACUUCCAUUUGGUAUCGGAAUUGCAAAUACAGUUAAAUAACUGUAUUCUUAUUUAGAUCAUUUUGCUAAAUAGCAAAUCAUAUAAACUCACAUCAUAUCAACUCUGUUUUGGGGAUCUCUCAAAAACAUUUGAGAGGCCAAAAAUCCAUAAGUUAUCUGCUUGCUUUACUUCACCUUGACAAAAGAUGUAGGCAAAUAUGUUGUAUUUGUGUAUUAUUUUCUGGACAAACUACAAAGGUUAAUGUAUAGGUUUAUAUGUAAUAUAUGUUAAUUUGCUUAAAUGUGUGAUUGUGUUAUGUACAUAUACUUAUUAUGAAUCGAAUUUAAGAUUAAUGUAUAAAUUGUAUGCUGUUUAUUUCAGUAUGCUAAUUCUGCCUUAGCUAUGCAAUGUUAUUGAAAGUUGCCUUUACUAAUCUUCUUGCCUUAAAGGAUGAGAAGUUUGUUUGUGUGUGCGUGCAUGUGUGUGUGUACACGUGUGUGCACGCAUGUGUGUGUGUUCAGGUAUCUGGGUGGGUCUGAGUAUGUGAGAUAGCAAAAGUGUCACUUUAUGGACCCUCUGCUUUCACACUACUGUUAACUCUGUGAGACAACUUAUGUGAGACAGCCAAACAUAAUAUAAUAGUAAUAACAAUGUCAUGCUUUCUCAGCACUCCUAUGCUUAGCAAGCUCCUGAUUAAGAUUAAAGGAUUUCUCCACAUUUGAGAAAUGACAGACUAUUAUUUUAAUGGAUUGCACAAGAUAGUGCCAUAUUAAGCAUCAAUAAGAUGUUUUCAAGAAGAUGGAAAUCACAACUUUUUAUAGAAAAUUAAACAAUUCAUAAGUGAGUCCCUUUUAUUGCGAAUUCCAUACUGAGUCCAACACUGUUUAUAGUGUACCAUGACUUAGUGAUACUUUCCACUGUGUCAUAUCAUCUUCAAAAGCUCAGUUUCUCAUAGAGCUUUAUGGCCCCACCAAGCGGUUGAAUGAGUAAUCUACACAUUACAACAGUCAUGUUGCAAGGAAGAGGUGCAUAGUUUUGAUUAAGCAAGGGAAAACUUAAUCAGUUCUUUGGCUUUUUAACUUGAAUGUCACAGGCGAUGUUUUAAGUGACUUGAAAGUUAUUAUGAUUUGUUUGUGUUAUAUUCAAACACUUCUAAUCUGACAGGUACUGGACCAUUGCAUAUAAUAGGGAAAAACAUUUACUCUUAAAAAGAAUUACACUACACACAUAUUGGUUUGGCAUUGGAUUGUGUUUAUUUAUAUGAAAGGAAUAAGUCUUUAGGCCUUGGUAAAUGGUUGUGGGUGAAUUGUUUUAUCAUAAAGGGAUGAUGUUUUAUGUUUCUGAAUGAAUGGUUGAAUUGUUUUACUUUUGGCAAGUUCUCUUUUAGAGGUUUUAUACAGCUCUGUAUUUAUGGGCUCAAGUGUUUUAUCAAAAGAUAUUCUAAUGUUUAUUCUGAUGAUCAAAAAGGAGUCUUAGGGCAGAUGUUUUAAAGGGUUGGAUUUCAGUGUUCUUUCUAGCCUAAAGGACUGCAACGAUAUGAUUAUUACUGUUAGCAUGACUAUUGACACUCCACAUCGCCUCUUCUAUAAAAACUGCAAUACAAUGCAUCACUGCACAUUGCUUCUGUGUCCAGUGUCAUCUGUGGCACUUUAGGACAUUGUUAAAUGUCAAACCUAGGGAUAAAUAAGGACUGUAAAACUUUCAACAGUCUUUCAGAUUAUAUUAAUGGUUGCUGUGCCUAUUUCUCAUUUUAGUCGGACAUACACAUACUCUCCCAACUACACAAUGAAACUGCAUUCAUUUAUCUUUCCAGUAUCUAAUCAUUAACUGCCAUGCGUUUGUACAGUUAACUCAUUUUGAGCUGCAAUUGUAUUUUCUGUUUUGCUUUUCUACUAAAUCUUACAGAAAAAAUAAGUGUUUUUUCUUCUGCGAUGACAUUCAUUAUGAAUUUCUAAUCAUAAUUAGAAAUACUGAGAUAAUACACUGCCUGGCCAAAAAAAGGGGGAAAAAAGUUGCAUAGGCUACUCUAAUAUUUUGUUGGACAGCCUUUAGCUUUGAUUAUGGCAUGCAUUCGUCGUAGCAUUGUUUCGACAACCUUAUGCAACGUCACAACAUUUAUUUCCAUCCAGAGUUGCAUUCAUUUGAGAUCUUGUAUUGAUGACAGGAGAGUCGAACCACUCUGUAAAUUCUUCUCCAGCACAUCCCAAAGACUUUCAAUGGGGUUAAGGUCAGGACUCUGCAAUGGCCAAUUCAUGUGUGCAAAAUGAUUCCUCAUGCUCCCUGAACCACUCUUUCACAAUUUGAGCCCGAUGAAUCUUGGCAUUGUUGUCCUGGAAUAUGCCCGUGACGUCAGGGAAGGAAAAACUCCAUUGAUGGGAUAACCUGGUCAUUCAGUACAUUCAGGUAGUCAGCUGACUUCAUUUUAUUACCACAUAACACUGAGCCUAGACCUGACGAAUUGAAGCAACCCCAGAUCAUAACACUGCCUCCAGAGGCUUGUACAGUGGGCAAUAUGCAUGACAGGUGCAUCUCUUCAUGCACUUCCCUUCUUACCCUGACGCGCCCAUCGCUUUGGAAUAGGGUAAAUCUGGACCCAUAGAGACCACAUGACCUUUUUCCAUUGCGCCACAGUCCAAUCUUCAUGCUCCCUAGCAAAUUGAAGUUGUUUUUCCGAUUAGCCUCACUAGCAAGUGGCUUUCUUGUGGGCACACAGCUGUUUAGUCCCAAUUCUGUAAGUUCUUGUCGCAUUGUGCAUGUGGAAAUGCUCUUACUUUCGCUAUUAAACAUAGCCGUGAGUUCUACUGUUGAUUUUUUACAAUGUGACUUCACCAAACGUUUUAGUGAUCUCCGAUCAUGAUCAUUCAAGAUUUUUUACCUUCCACAUUUCUUCCGCAAAACUGAAGGUUCACCACUAUCCUUCCAGAUUUUAAUAAUGUGUUAGACAGUUCUUAACACAAUUCCAGUGGUUUCAGCAAUCUCCUUAGUUGUUUUCUUUGCUUGAUGCAGGCCAAUAACUUGCCCCUUCUGAAACACAGUAACAUCUUUUCCACAACCAUGGGAUACGUCUUCCAGCAUGGUUGUUUAAGAAAUGAGAAGCUAUACACUGCAUCAGUUAGGGUUAAAAGAAUCGUUGCCAGUUUAAACAUGUUAAUCACUGCAAUAAUGAUCCAGUCAUAGGCUCUUAUCUGCAUAUUUAAACCCAAAUGGCGACUUUUUUUUUUGUUUGUUUUUUUGGCCAGGCAAUAUAGCCUACACUACAUUGCACGGAUGGGUUUUUUCUUUAUUCAUUAUUUGACAUCAAAACUAGAGGCAUGUAGGUUCACAUGCUUUUUAAUUGAGAAAACCAGUCUGAUCUGAAUUGUGCAAAUGUGAUGUUCAGAUCUGAGCUACAAAAACGCAUGUCAAAUUUUUGUCAUUCUCUGGUUUCAGUAAAUGAAAAGGCUGUUGGUUAAUUUGAAUUCUGAAUGCCUUUGGAUUUACUUUAAUUUUUUGUUUCUAAUUUGUUUAAUGUUGACAAUGAAAUGUAAGGUCUUGACAUUGUGAAAUCUGUAUGUGUUGAAUAGCAAUAUUGCAAGACCAACAUUCCACUGUUCCUCAAAAGCCAAUUGCUGUUCAUUUAAUUCUUGUAAUAAAACUGGUU